AUGGCGUCGUAUCAGAUAGCGAAUCUGUUGGAGAAGAUGACGUCCAACGAUAAGGACUUUCGCUUCAUGGCCACUAACGAUCUGAUGACGGAGCUACAGAAGGAUAGCAUCAAGCUGGAUGAUGAGUCGGAGAAGAAAGUCGUCCGAAUGGUGCUGCGCUUGCUGGAGGACAAGAACGGUGAAGUGCAGAAUCUUGCCGUCAAAUGUCUUGGCCCACUGGUAAACAAAGUAAAGGAAAAUCAGGUGGAAACGAUAGUGGAUCUGCUGUGCGCCAACAUGGUGUCCAACAAUGAACAGCUGCGCGAUAUUUCCAGCAUAGGGCUGAAGACGGUCAUAUCGGAGCUGCCCCAAUCGUCCAAUUCGCUCGUGCCCAACGUUUGCCAGCGUAUCACCGGCAAGCUAAGUGUGGCGAUCGAAAAGGAAGACGUGUCGGUGCAACUGGAAGCACUGGACAUACUGUCAGAUCUGUUGUCACGCUUUGGCGACCUGCUUGUACCGUUUCACGAACUCAUUCUAAAGGCAUUGGUACCGCAGCUCGGUUCGGCUCGGCAAGCCGUUCGCAAACGUACGAUAGUGGCCCUGUCGCACCUGUUAACCACCUGCAACAACAACGCAUACAACAAGGUGAUCGAACAUUUGCUCGAUGGUUUGGAGAAACCGCAAAAUCCGGGCACCAUCCGAACGUACAUUCAGUGUUUGGCGGCGAUUUGCCGGCAGGCCGGACAUCGGUUGUGCAACCACAUUGAACGCGUGAUGUUCCUGCUUAAUCAGUACAGCUUGCGGGAUGACGAUGAGUUACGCGAGUUCUGUCUACAGGCAUGUGAGGCAUUCGUGCAGCGUUGUCCGGAAGCCAUCAUACCACAUAUACCAACGAUUGUGGAUCUUUGCCUCAAGUACAUCACGUAUGAUCCAAACUACAAUUACGAGGCGGAUGAUGGUGACGGUGGUACUUCGAUGGAGAUGGAGGACGAUGAAGAAAUCGAUAGUGAAGAGUACAGCGAUGACGACGAUAUGAGCUGGAAGGUACGUCGUUCGGCUGCAAAGUGUUUGGAGUCGGUCAUCUCGACCAGACAUGAGCUGUUGGAAGAGUUCUACAAAACCCUUUCCCCGGCGCUUAUCGCACGCUUCAAAGAGCGCGAAGAAAACGUGAAGUCGGACAUAUUCCACGCGUAUAUUGCCCUGCUUAAAUCAACCCGACCAAUGGGUGAUGAUAUCGGUCACGAUCCCGAUUCGAUGGAGCAGAUCCCAGGCCCGAUCAGUAUGCUAACGGAUCAGGUCCCUACGAUAGUGAAAGCGGUACAACCGUUAAUGCGCGAAAAAUCGGUCAAAACUCGUCAGGAUUGUUUUCUUCUGUUGCGCGAACUGUUGAAUGCUUUGCCAGGGGCGCUUUCGAACCAUAUCGAUCAGCUAAUGAACGGCAUACAUUACUCGCUAAAUGACAAAAACUCGACUUCGAACAUGAAGAUUGAUGCGCUUGGUUUUGUGUAUUGCAUGCUGGUUGGACACAAUCCGCAGGUGUUUCACGCCCACAUACAACUACUUGUGCCACUUGUGGUAAAUGCAGUGUUCGAUCCGUUCUACAAAAUUGCUACCGAAGCAUUACUCGUACUGCAGCAGCUCGUAAAGGUUAUAAGACCGCUCGAUAUGCAGACAUCGUUCGAUUUCACGCCGUACGUUAGCCAGCUGUACACGAGCACACUACAGAAGCUCCGUUCGCCGGAGGUCGACCAGGAAGUGAAAGAGCGGGCUAUUGCUUGCAUGGGUCAGAUCAUUGCCAACAUGGGCGAUGUGCUGCAACCGGAGUUGGUCACCUGCUUGCCCCUUUUCAUGGAGCGUCUGCGGAAUGAAGUGACACGUCUGAGCUCGGUUAAAGCGCUCACCAUGAUUGCUGCUUCACCGUUGCGCGUGAACCUCAGCCCAAUCAUAGCGGAGGUGAUACCGGUACUGGGAUCGUUCCUGCGCAAAAACCAACGAGCGCUCAAACUCAAUUCUCUCACGCUGUUAGACACGUUGGUGACGCAUUACAGCCAAUUCCUGGAUCCAAUGUUGCUACGCAGUGCCGUGGCAGAGGUGCCACCAUUGCUGAGCGAAUCGGAUCUACACGUUGCGCAAUUAUCGCUCGUGUUGCUCACCUCCGUCGCCCGGCAGCAACCGGAGGCUCUAGUAGGUGUGCACGAGCAGAUUCUGCAGGAAGUAAUGACACUGGUACGAUCACCGCUGCUACAAGGAACCGCGUUGAACUGCACGCUGAAGCUGUUCCAGGCAUUGGUGCAAGCGCAGCUGCCGGGAUUGAGCUACCGUCAUCUGCUUGCGAUGCUGAUGAACCCAGUGUACAAUCAACAACAGCACGGAGGUAGUCCACUGCACAAGCAAGCUUACCAUUCGUUGGCAAAGUGCAUUGCCGCACUGACGCUGCAGGUUCCGAACGAGGCGUUAACAGUGGCAGGAGAGUUUUUGCGCGAGAUUCAAAACCGUCGCAACGAUUCGCAUCUCAUGUUCUACCUGCUAACCAUCGGAGAAAUUGGACGACAUUUUAAUUUGCACACCAUCGAUACGCUUGCACAGACGAUCUUGAACUGUUUCUCGGCCUCGUCCGAGGACGUAAAGGGUGCAGCGAGUCACGCGCUCGGUGCGAUCGCAGUCGGGAAUCUCAACCACUAUCUGCCCUUCAUACUGAACGAAAUCGAGGCACAACCGAAACGCCAAUACCUUCUGCUUCAUUCGCUGAAGGAAGUCAUUUCGUCGCUGUCAACCAGUAAGGCCGGUCUCGAGCAGCUAUUGCCGUCAGUUCCAUCGAUUUGGACGCAGCUGUUCAAGCACUGCGAAUGCUCGGAGGAAGGUUCAAGAAACGUGGUGGCCGAAUGCUUAGGAAAGCUCGUGCUGGUUAACCCGGAAGAGCUACUUCCACGACUACAGAUGGCACUGCGAAGUGAAAGCGCCCUCAUGCGCACCGCCGUUGUAUCCGCGAUAAAGUUCACCAUCUCGGACCAGCCGCAACCGAUAGAUCCACUGCUAAGGCAAUGUAUUGGUCAGUUUUUGUUUGCUCUGCAAGACCCAGAACCGUCGGUACGACGCGUAGCUCUGGUCGCAUUCAACUCGGCCGUUCACAAUAAGCCCAGUUUGGUGCGCGAUCUCCUACCCGAGCUGCUGCCCCAGCUGUACUCCGAGACGAAGGUGAAGAAGGAACUGAUCCGUGAGGUAGAAAUGGGCCCGUUCAAGCAUACCGUUGACGAUGGGCUAGACAUCCGGAAAGCGGCCUUUGAAUGUAUGUACACGCUGCUUGAGCAGGGGCUGGAUCGUGUGGACAUUAUGCAAUUCCUCGAGCACGUUCAAGCGGGUUUGCGCGAUCACUAUGAUAUUAAGAUGCUCACGUAUCUCAUGACUGCCCGGCUGGCCGCCCUCUGUCCGAAUGCUGUGCUUCAAAAACUUGAUCAAUUUGUAGAACCACUUAGAGCUACCUGUACGCUAAAAGUGAAGGCUAACUCGGUGAAGCAGGAGUACGAAAAGCAGGAUGAAUUGAAACGAUCUGCGUUACGCGCAGUUGCUGCUCUGCUACAAAUUCCCAAGGCUGAUAAAAAUAUAUACCUGGCGGAGUUUUUAAUUCUGAUCCGCAGCUCGUCCGAGCUACAGCCACUGCUGGAAUCGGUCCAAAAAGACUCGUCCGGACAGACUAACAACAAUAUCGAUGGUCGUGAUUCCUCGAUGGAUCAGAGCUAG